UAUUGAAUCGUACCCAUCUCAUUUGAAUUCCCGUUUCGUUAACUAGAGUCUAGAAUAAAAACCCUUAGCAAUAAAAAUAAAAUAAAAAGAGUUGAAAAAAAAAAUAGAAAAUAAAAUUCGAAGGACAAAAACUAGAAAACAGUUAAAACCCUGGAAAAAGGAAAUGAAAAAAACAGUUAAACCCCUCCCGCUCAGCCGCUCGUCACUCCCUCACUCACUGUCAGAAACAAAAGCACCCGCCUUUACACCUUAUCCACUACCGUAUGCCCUCCAAAUGUCCGCCUUCCUCCUCCCCUCCUCCGUCACUCCCUUCCCCGCCUUACCCCGCAACUUCAAAUGCCCCAACGACGCCGUUUCCCUCAUCGUACGCGCCUCGGCAGUCUCCGCCCCCGAGAAGCGAGUUAGAAGGAAGCGGAGGCAGACCAAGGGCGACGACGACGACUCCUCUUCUUCUUCCCCUUCCUCCUCCGCAGCCGAGAAGAACCUCCGCUUCGCUUUCAUGGAGGAGCUCAUGGUCCGGGCUCGCAAUCGCGACACCAAUGGAGUCUCUGAUGUCAUUUACGACAUGGUCGCCGCCGGCCUCUCCCCCGGCCCUCGCUCCUUCCACGGCUUGAUCGUAGCUCACGCUCUCAACGGAGACGCCGAGGGGGCGAUGCAAUCACUGAGAAGGGAAUUGAGUACGGGGCUUCGGCCUCUCCACGAAACGUUCAUUGCGCUGAUUCGGCUGUUUGGAUCAAAAGGUCGAGCUAUAAGGGGAUUAGAAAUUCUUGCUGCCAUGGAGAAAUUGCAAUACGACAUUCGCCAAGCUUGGCUUCUUCUUGUUGAGGAGCUCGUUCGGACCCGCCAUUUAGAAGAUGCCAACAAAGUGUUCUUGAAGGGUGCCAAAGGUGGGCUCAGAGCAACUGAUGAGGUCUAUGAUCUUCUUAUUGUGGAGGAUUGUAAAGCUGGGGAUCAUUCUAAUGCAUUGGAUAUUGCCUAUGAAAUGGAGGCUGCAGGGCGGAUGGCAACAACCUUUCAUUUCAAUUGUCUUCUUAGUGUGCAGGCUACUUGCGGAAUUCCUGAAAUAGCGUUUGCUACGUUUGAGAACAUGGAGUAUGGAGAUGAACACAUGAAACCUGAUACAGAGACAUAUAAUUGGGUGAUCCAAGCAUAUACCAGAGCUGAAUCUUAUGACAGAGUACAAGAUGUUGCUGAGUUACUUGGCAUGAUGGUUGAAGACCACAAGCGUUUGCAGCCCAAUAUGAAAACCCAUGCGUUGUUAGUUGAGUGCUUUACCAAGUACUGUGUAGUUCGAGAGGCAAUACGGCAUUUUCAUGCCCUCAUAAGAUUUGAAGGAGGAACAAAAGCUUUACAUAAUGAAGGAAACUUUGGGGACCCCCUGUCUUUGUAUCUUCGAGCCUUAUGUCGAGAAGGAAGAAUGGUCGAGUUGCUAGAAGCUUUAGAAGCUAUGGCUGCGGACAACCAAACAAUUCCACCACGAGCUAUGAUUUUGAGUAGAAAGUACCGGACACUGGUGAGCUCAUGGAUUGAACCUUUGCAAGAGGAAGCCGAACUUGGACAUGAGAUAGAUUACAUGGCCAGGUACAUUGCAGAGGGUGGGCUUACCGGUGAGCGCAAGCGAUGGGUGCCUCGAAGAGGGAAAACUCCACUAGAUCCUGAUGUUGAUGGGUUUAUAUAUUCAAACCCUAUUGAAACCUCAUUCAAGCAAAGAUGUCUUGAGGAGUGGAAGAUACACCACAGAAAGCUUUUGAGAACGCUACGAAAUGAAGGAGUUGCAGCUUUAGGAGAUGACGCCUCUGAGUCAGAUUAUGUUAGAGUUGAGAUGAGGUUAAGGAAAAUUAUAAAGGGCCCUGACACGAAUGUUUUAAAGCCCAAAGCUGCUAGUAAGAUGGUAGUAUCUGAAUUGAAGGAAGAACUAGAAGCACAAGGUCUGCCAACUGAUGGUACCAGAAAUGUUCUCUACCAGCGUGUCCAAAAAGCAAGGAGAAUAAACCGCUCUCGUGGCCGACCCCUCUGGGUUCCUCCUGUGGAGGAGGAAGAAGAAGAGGUUGAUGAAGAGCUUGACGAACUAAUCUCACGUAUCAAGCUAGAAGAAGGAAAUACAGAGUUCUGGAAGCGCCGUUUCAUGGGAGAAGGCUUCGGUACUGAUCAAGAAAAGGCUCUAGAUGUUUCGGAUAGUGCCACUGUUGAUGAUGUUGCAAAAGAUGUGGAGAAUGACGAAGCUGACGAUGAUGAUGACGAAGAUGAUGAUAAUGAGGAUGAUGAUGAUGACGACAACGAUGAGGAGGAGGAGGAAGAAGAGGAGGUAGAGGCAGAGGUAGAGGUUGAACAAGCUGAGAGACAGGACGUAGAAAGAGUUAAGGAAAAAGAAAUUGAAGCCAAGAAACCUCUUCAAAUGAUUGGAGUGCAGUUGUUGAAAGAUUCUGACCAAACAAGUACGACAUCUAAAAAAGCAAGGAGAAGAUCUCGAAUGUCAGCUGAGGAUGAUAAUGACGAUGACUGGUUUCCUGAGGACAUAUUCGAGGCAUUUAAGGAGCUGAGGAAAAGGAAAGUUUUUGACGAAUCUGACAUGUACACGCUAGCUGAUGCUUGGGGUUGGACGUGGGAAAAAGAAUUGAAGAACAGAGCUCCUAGAAGAUGGUCACAGGAAUGGGAAGUUGAGCUGGCGAUUAAAAUUAUGACAAAGGUGAUGGAAUUGGGCGGAACGCCCACCAUUGGUGAUUGUGCCAUGAUUUUGCGUGCAGCAGUAAGGGCUCCUUUGCCGUCAGCUUUCUUGAAGAUCUUACAGACGACGCAUAGUCUUGGUUAUGUAUUCGGCAGUCCUCUUUACGAUGAAAUCAUCUUGCUGUGUCUUGAUCUCGGGGAGCUAGAUGCAGCCGUUGCAAUUGUUGCAGACAUGGAGACGACCGGAAUCACAGUCCCAGACGAGACAUUGGACACGGUGAUUUCUGCUAAGCGGACCACCGGUUAUUGUUUUCAAUUCCAUUUGGUGGUGAUGGUGAAAAUGUCAUAUGGUUUGUUGAUUACUAUAACUGUUCUUGUUGUUGCCCUUAUGGUUUUCGAAUCCGAGGGGAUCAACGAUGAGGGUCGAUAUCUGCUGGAAGUAAAGAGCAAGUUAGUUGAUAGAUUUGAUCAUCUUGGUAGUUGGAAUUCCAAUGAUUUCACACCUUGUGGAUGGAGAGGUGUGAAUUGCAGCAACGGAUACAAUCCGGUGGUGGUGUCUCUUGACUUGAACUCCAUGAAUCUUUCAGGUUAUUUGUCUCCGAGCAUUGGUGGAUUGGUUCACCUGAACUAUCUUAAUCUUUCUUUCAAUGAACUGACUCGGAUUUUACCUAAAGACAUCGGAAAUUGUUCGAGUUUGGAGGUUCUAGCUUUGAAUAACAAUAAGUUUAUAGGUCAAAUUCCGAAAGCAAUAGCUAGACUUUCAAGUUUACGAGUACUGAAUGUCUGCAACAAUAGAUUAUCAGGGCCUCUCCAUGAAGAAAUUGGAAAUCUUUCAUCCCUGUCCCAGCUGAUUGCGUACUCUAACAAUCUUAGCGGAAUUCUGCCGCUCUCUCUUGGAAAUCUCAAAAGAUUGACGACUUUCAGGGUGGGGGAGAACUUGAUAUCCGGAAGCUUGCCUGCAGAGAUAGGUGGAUGUGUGAGCUUGGAGUAUCUUGGUCUAGCGCAAAAUCAGUUGACCGGAGAAAUGCCUAAGGAGCUCGGGAUGCUUGAGAAUCUGUUAACUUUAAUUCUUUGGGGUAACAAGCUUUCCGGGGUUAUUCCAAAGGAGCUUGGCAAUUGUACAAAUUUGGAAAUUCUUGCCCUGUAUGAGAACAAGCUUGUGGGAGAGAUUCCGAAGGAGCUUGGAAACAUUGUGUAUCUGGAGAAGUUGUAUAUUUACAGAAAUAUGUUGAAUGGGACAGUUCCAAGGGAGAUUGGCAAUCUUGCUCUAGCAACAGAGAUUGAUCUUUCGGAGAACUUAUUGUCGGGAGAGAUACCAGUUGAGCUCAGUAAGAUAGCGGGAUUGCAAUUGCUUUAUCUUUUCCAGAACCAAUUCACAGGUGUUAUUCCAGAUGAGUUCACAAGUCUUACAAACCUGACUAAGUUCGACCUCUCUAUUAAUUUUUUAACAGGUUCAAUUCCUACCGGAUUCCAGUACUUGACUGAACUGAUCAUGCUGCAAUUGUUCAACAAUUCGCUGAGUGGCGUAAUCCCUCAAGGCCUUGGAGUGUAUAGCCCGCUUUGGGUGGUUGACUUGUCUGAAAACUUCCUGACAGGGGAAGUUCCUCGUCAUCUCUGCAGAAAUUCCAACAUGAUAUUGUUAAAUUUGGGGUCUAACAGGCUCACCGGGAAUAUACCAAACGGCAUCACAAGCUGCAAGUCAUUGGUACAGCUUCGUCUAGUUGGAAACAACCUCACGGGGACUUUUCCAUCCGAAAUGUGCAAAUUGGUUAACCUUUCUACAGUGGUGUUGAAUCAGAACAAGUUCAGUGGCGCCAUUCCUCCGGAAAUUGGUAACUGCAGAACUUUGCAAACGCUGCACCUUUCGGACAACUACUUCACAUCAGAGUUGCCUAGAGAGAUUGGUAGCCUCCCGCAGUUGGUGAUCUUUAAUGUCUCAUCAAAUUCUCUUUCUGGAAGGAUACCACCUGAAUUUUUCAAUUGUAAAACACUUCAACGGCUUGAUCUUAGCAAUAACAACUUUUCAGAUGCAUUGCCAAGUGAGAUAGGAACACUUUCUCAGUUGGAGCUUCUCAAGCUUUCUGAAAACAAUCUUUCUGGGAACAUACCAGUUGCGCUGGGAAACCUCGUGCGUUUGACUGAGUUACAAAUGGGUGGCAACUCAUUUUCUGGUGGCAUCCCAGCUGAGUUGGGUGCCCUUUCGAGCCUGCAGAUUGCGUUAAAUCUCAGUUUUAACAACCUCUCUGGCGAGAUACCUCUUCAACUUGGGAAUCUUAUCUUACUGGAAUUCCUUCUACUCAAUAACAACAAUUUGACCGGUGAAAUUCCAGGUUCUUUCGAGAAUCUUUUGAGUCUACUUGGCUGCAACUUGUCGUACAAUGCCUUGACAGGGCCUAUUCCUCAGUUACGGCUCUUUCAGAAUACAACUGUUGACAGCUUUGUUGGGAAUAAAGGACUCUGUGGCGGUCCUCUUGGUGAAUGCAAAACACCAACAUCUUCACUCUCUUUUACUCCGGAUAUGGUGAAGAUAAACCCCCGCUUGGGUAAAAUCAUUGCUAUCAUUGCAGCAGCUAUUGGUGGUGCUUUUCUCAUUUUGAUUGCAAUCCUUGUAUAUGUCAAGAGACGUCCCACAAGCGUAGUUGCUUCAUUGCAAGAAAAAUCAUUCACUUCGCCGGUUUUGGAUAUGUACUUUUGCCCAAAGGCUGCAGGGUUCACUUUCCAAGACUUGGUUGCGGCAACUGAAAAUUUUGAUGAGAGCUAUGCAAUUGGAAGAGGAGCUUGUGGGACCGUGUACAAAGCAGUCUUACCGAGGGGUCAUAUAGUUGCUGUUAAGAAGGUAGUAUCCAACAGGGAGGGGAGCAAUGUGGAUAACAGUUUCCAUGCUGAAAUUUUAACUUUAGGAAAAAUCAGGCAUCGAAAUAUUGUAAAGCUAUACGGCUUCUGCUACCACCAGGGUUCCAAUCUUCUGCUUUACGAGUACAUGGCAAGAGGCAGCUUGGGAGAAUUGCUUCAUGGAACAUCUUGUAGUCUUGAUUGGAUAACGAGGUUCAUGAUUGCUCUUGGGGCUGCUCAGGGUCUCUCUUACUUGCAUCAUGAUUGCAAACCGAAGAUCUUUCACCGUGAUAUAAAGUCCAAUAACAUUCUUCUUGAUGAUAAGUUUGAAGCUCGUGUUGGGGAUUUCGGGUUGGCAAAGGUGAUCGACAUGCCACACUCUGAGACUAUGUCUGCAGUUGCAGGUUCUUAUGGAUAUAUUGCCCCUGAGUAUGCAUACACUUUGAAGGUCACAGAAAAAUGUGACAUCUACAGCUACGGAGUAGUCCUUCUGGAGCUGCUGACUGGAAGAACGCCCGUACAGUCGAUAGAGGAAGGUGGUGACCUGGUAACGUGGGUAAGAAACUAUUUUCUGCACCAUUCUUUGUCUUCAGGAUUACUCGAUGCUCGAUUAGAUUUACAAGAUGAAGGUACUGUCUCUCACAUGAUUAAUGUCUUGAAAAUUGCUUUGAUGUGCACAAGUAUGUCCCCUUUCGACCGCCCGACCAUGAGAGAAGUCGUUUCCAUGCUUAUUGGGUCAAAUGAGUGGGAAGGACACCUUGAAAGUGAUUCAUCAAAUCAUGAUACCAAUUCCAUGGAUAAUACUGAACCUUAAUUCCAAUUAAUCCUAAGUUUUCUGGUGAUUUUGGUUUAGCCAGGAUGAGUUUUUCACUUUUAAUUCUCAAUUAUAUAUACUCAUCCCUGUAUUAUUUAAACAAAUACAAUAAGCUUCUCCCUGUGCAUACACCCUAUGGCUUCUCUUCUCGAUCCAUUUACGUGGAUAACAUGUUCCGUUUUUCAUACGGGAAGCAGUCUAUAUCUGUUAUGAUCUAUAUUUGAUGAACUUUAUACAGUUUUUGAUUCA